AUGAUGCCUUCCGCCAGCCGGGACAUGACUUCUCAGGAGAUUGACCAAGUCCUCGGUCUCUCUGGCAAUCGCACUGCUCAGGCACAACUUCGGGUCCUCCUUGACAACCUGAAGGACGAGAACAACAUUUCGUCGUUCACAGGAUCUGAACGGGAUCGUUUCCGCCAAAUUCUACAUGAUGUCCUGAGUGCUGAGAUUCUCGGCCAGUCGUCGCGUUUCCACCAGAGUAUCUUGUCUGCCUUCAGACGCGGUCCUGAGAAGUGUAUCGAUGCGCUUUACUCCCGGGCCAAGUUAAAUCGGAAGGCAAAACAAUGCCGCGAGGAACGUUACCCUCGCAAGAAGAAUGAAGAUUCCAUCGCCUCCGGUUCUAGAAAACCUGCUCCCGCGGUACCUAGAUCUCCUGCCCAGCCCGCUGAUUCCCCUGCGGCUGUAGCCGCCACACCACUCGCUGCCACUCCUGCCGUGAGAGACCAAACUCCGACUCGGGCCUCAACUUCGUCGGCAAUAUCCUCCCCAUCUUCGGUAUCAAACGCGUCCACGGCACUGGCAUGGCCUCACGAGCUUCCUGUGAUCGAAGAUAUUCCCGGUCUGCCACUCCCCGACCUCGACCUUCGGUUCAGCUUUGUCAACGCCGAGGGACAGCUCCAGUCAUUGGAGCGAACCCUCACUGAGCUCAUGCAGGGAGGACGCCUUGACGCAGAGGCUCGUCGAAAUAUUGUUUUUGUCGACGUGGAGACCGACUUGUCGCUCGAUGACGUUGCCCAAGUGCUCGCUGACUCGUGGCACUUGAGUCUCGAGAGAGUCGCCCGCCUUCCUAUACAGCUGUCAGCCCGUCAAGGAUACUGGCACGAGCUUGCAGGGGGCAACGGCAGAUUCGCAAGCCUCCGGGUUUGCUGGCAAGCGUUCUUGCGAUGGGCAGAGGGGACAUUCUCAGUUUAG